AUGGCCGCCGCCGCCCAGUACCUGCCGCGCGGCGCCGCGCUGCUGCACCCCGACGGGGAGCGGCUGCCGCAGGCCGCCACGUACCGCGACGUGCAGAAGAUGAUGCACCACGACUACCUGCAGGGGCUGGCCCCCGCCGCGCUGCCGCACCACCAGUGGCUGCCCAGCGCCGGCACGGAUUGGGGCAGCGGGGGCGGCGGAGGAGGAGGCGGAGGAGGAGGAGGAGGCGGCGGGGGACCCCCCGGCGGGGCGCACCUGGCGGCGGCCGAGCACGGCAAGGGCGGCCCGGGGGGGCCCCGCGACGAGCUGCCCCCUCCGCCGCCUCCGCCGGCCGCUUUCCACCACCGGCCGCACCUCGUGCACCAGGCGGCGGCGGGCGGCGCGGCGGGCGGCUGGGCGCAGGGCGGCGCGCACCACCUGCCGCCCAUGUCGCCGCCGUCGGGGCAGCCGCUGCUGUACGCGCAGCCCUACGGGGGGCUCAACGGCAUGCUGGGCCCGCCCGGCCCCGCGCUGCACCACGGGCUGCGGGACCCGCUGGGGGCCGAGGAGGCCGGGGGCCACGAGCUGGCGGCCUCGCCGCCGCCGCUGGGGCCGCCCGAGCCGUCGGACGAGGACGCGCCCAGCUCCGACGACCUGGAGCAGUUCGCCAAGCAGUUCAAGCAGCGGCGGAUCAAGCUGGGCUUCACGCAGGCCGACGUGGGGCUGGCGCUGGGCACCCUGUACGGGAACGUCUUCUCGCAGACCACCAUCUGCCGCUUCGAGGCGCUGCAGCUGAGCUUCAAGAACAUGUGCAAGCUGAAGCCGCUGCUCAACAAGUGGCUGGAGGAGACGGACUCCAGCACGGGCAGCCCCACCAACCUGGACAAGAUCGCGGCGCAGGGCAGGAAGCGCAAGAAGCGCACCUCCAUCGAGGUGGGCGUCAAGGGCGCCCUGGAGAACCACUUCCUCAAGUGCCCCAAGCCCUCGGCGCACGAGAUCACCUCCCUGGCGGACUCCCUGCAGCUGGAGAAGGAGGUGGUGCGGGUCUGGUUCUGCAACCGGCGGCAGAAGGAGAAGCGCAUGACGCCGGCCGGGGGCCCGCACCCCCCGAUGGAGGACGUUUACGCACAGGCGGACACCUCGCCGCUGCACCACGGGCUCCCCGCCGCCGUGCCCUGA